GCAAAACUUUAUCCAUUCACAUGGCGUUUCGUUUUUAUAUUUCAACAGUUUUGAAGCGAGUUUAACGGACACACACACGGACACAUAUUGCCUGGCUGAAAAGGCAACAGAGAGUAAAAAAUUUCAAGUGCACAUAAUUUGGCCAACACACACACACACGCGCGCACACACGCAGUGUGCACAGAUUUUUAGUGCCUGUUUUUGAGGCAACAUUUUUGGCAUUUUUCGAAGCUUAACUUGCAAAACUAUUUGCUGAACAUUUUUGCUGUGCAAGGACCACGCUGAAGCCGCUGCCUGGCAACCAGCCGAUGACAAAAGCGGAGCCGCCCAACACCACCCCUGCAAGCAAAAGAGUUUUGCCGUUUUUUUGGGCAACAACCUCGACAGAAUUUGUUGGUUCAAUAACUGCCAGUGCCUGGCCGUCGUGGCAACAGCCAGCCAGCACCCCAAAAUGAAUACGCCAGGGGAUACGCUACUCGGUGACUGGACGCAGGCGUGGCGUGUCGCCAGUCUACAGCCAACGCUCGGCCAGAGCACAGCCACAAUGUACGGACGUUUGCCGGGUAACACCAAUAACAACAGCAACAACAAUGCAGCUGGAGGCGGAGGCAACACUGGAGUUGGCAGCGGUGGCAACGGUGGAGCUGGCACUGGCGGUGGUCAGGGCCAUGACAGGCUCAAAAUUGGCUUCUGCACGGACCUGGACAAGUCGGUGCUGGUGAAUAACUUUGAGAAGCGCGGCUGGCAUCAGGUGAACGGCGACGAUGAUUGGCACUUCUAUUGGGCGGGGGUGCAGACCUGUCGCAACAUCUUUAGCGUGGACAGUGGCUAUCGGAUGCACGACAAUCAGAUGAUCAAUCACUUUCCCAAUCACUACGAGCUGUCGCGCAAGGAUUUGCUGGUGAAGAACAUCAAGCGGUAUCGCAAGGACCUCGAACGCGACGGCAAUCCGCUGGCAGAGAAAACCGAGUCCAAUAAUUCGAGUGGCAAUCGUUACCUGUACCUGGACUUUGUGCCCACAACCUUUGUGCUGCCGGCGGACUACAACAUGUUCGUGGAGGAGUAUCGCAAGUUUCCGCUGAGCACGUGGAUUAUGAAGCCCUGCGGCAAGUCCCAGGGCGCCGGCAUUUUUCUCAUCAACAAACUGUCAAAGCUGAAGAAGUGGUCGCGCGAGGCGAAGGGUCCGUUUCAUCCGCAGAUUGCCAAGGAGUCGUAUGUCAUAUCCAGAUACAUCGACAAUCCCCUGCUGAUUGGCGGCAAGAAGUUUGACCUGCGGCUGUAUGUCCUCGUCGCCUCAUUCCGUCCCCUCAAGGCGUACCUCUUCAAGCAGGGCUUCUGCCGCUUCUGCACUGUCAAGUACGACACGAGUGUCACCGAACUGGACAACAUGUACGUCCACCUGACCAACGUCAGUGUCCAGAAGCAUGGCGGCGAGUACAACACGCUGCACGGCGGCAAAUGGUCCGUCCAGAAUCUGGCACUCUUCCUCGAGGGUACGCGCGGCAAGGAGGUCACAGAUCGUCUCUUUGGCGCCAUCUCCUGGCUGAUUGUGCACUCGCUACGCGCCGUGGCACCCGUGAUGGCCAGCGAUAGGCACUGCUUCGAGUGCUACGGCUACGACAUCAUCAUCGACAAUGCUCUGAAGCCCUGGCUGGUGGAGGUCAAUGCCUCGCCAUCGCUCACCUCCACCACGGUCAACGAUCGCAUUCUCAAAUACAAACUGAUUGACAACAUUCUCUCCGUGGUGCUGCCACCCGAUGGAGUGCCCGAUGUGCGCUGGAACAAAGUGCCCAGUGCCGAUGCCUUGGGCAACUUUGAUUUGCUCAUUGACGAGGAGCUGGCGGCACAGGAUGAGGCACAAAACAGCAGCACAUCCACGACACACGCUAAGGCCUCGAAAAUGGGCAGCCGCUGGAAGUGACGAAGGUAGAACUGGCCAAAGGAUCAGUUAAAACGAACCGAAAUCAACUUUGGCUAAGACUUUGCAGCAGAAACUUGUGUAAAAUUAGUUAGUAGAAAGGCAAAAUUAAACUUAAAGUUCCCAUUUCCCA